AGACAAAGAAGAGGAUCAGGUUAUAUGGAUGCAAUGGCUGAAGAACAAAUAGAUUUCGGAGAUGAGGACUAUGGAGGGGCACAAAAGAUGCAGUAUCAAGGAAGUGGAGCCAUACCUGCCCUUGCUGAUGAAGAGAUGAUGGGGGAAGAUGAUGAAUAUGAUGAUCUCUAUAAUGAUGUUAAUGUUGGAGAAGGCUUUCUUCAGUUGCAACGAUCUGAGGCACUACCACAACCAGGUGGUAUGGGCAGUACUGGACUUCAAGCUCAGAAAAAUGAGGCUACUGAACCGAGAGGUGAAGCUGGGGGUUCACAAGGGCUAAACAUUCCAGGAGUUUCAGUUCAAGGGAAGCACCUCAAUGUUACUGCCCGGUAUCCUGAGCAGGAUGGGCAGCCAGCUGUUAGCAGACCAGAAAUGGGAUCUGGGAGUUAUCCAUCUGGGUCUUCUAUUUCACAGAAGGGCCGUGUUAUGGAGGGGACCCAUGAUACCCAAGUGAAAAAUAUGGGUUUUCAAGGAUUGACUUCAGCAUCCCACAAGGUUGGGAUUGAUCCUUCUGGUGUGCCUCAGAAGAUUGCCAAUGACCCUGCUCAAUCUCUAAAUUCAGGUACUGUUGGACCUCAAGGUGCUCCACAUGUUCCACCUAAUCAAAUGGGUAUGAAUGUUAAUCAUUCUAUGAUAAGCGAAAAUCAGGUUCGGCCACCUAUAGAGAAUGGUCCGACCAUGCUGUUUGUUGGAGAACUACAUUGGUGGACAACUGAUGCAGAGCUUGAGAGUGUUUUAUCUCAAUAUGGAAGGGUGAAGGAGAUUAAGUUCUUUGAUGAGAGAGCUAGUGGUAAAUCCAAAGGGUAUUGUCAAGUUGAGUUUUAUGAUCCAGCUUCUGCUGCUGCAUGCAAAGAGGGAAUGGAUGGUUAUAUGUUCAAUGGGAGAGCAUGUGUUGUGGCUUUUGCUUCACCACAGACGUUGAAGCAGAUGGGAGCUUCCUAUAUGAACAAAAACCAGGGCCAGGCUCAAGCACAGCCUCAAGGCAGGAGGCCAAAUGAUGGUCUGGGGAGAGGUGGUAAUAUGAAUUACCAAAGUGGGGAUGCAGGGAGGAACUAUGAGGGUGGCUGGGGACGGGGUGGUCAAGGAGUAGUCAACCGAGGGGGUGGAGGACCAAUGAGAGAGGGAGGUGUAGGUGUGAAGAACAUGGUUGGGAGCUCUGCUGGAGUUGGAAAUGGUGCUAAUGGUGGAGCGGCCUAUGGACAAGCAGCAGGUCCUCCAUUUGGUGGUCCAGUUGGUGGCAUGAUGCAUCCACAGGGCAUGAUGGGAGCUGGGUUUGAUCCAACAUAUAUGGGUCGAGGAGGCGGUUAUGGAGGUUUUCCAGGGCCUGGUUUUCCUGGCAUGCUUCCUUCAUUUCCAGCUGUUAAUACAUUGGGACUUGCUGGUGUAGCUCCUCAUGUCAAUCCUGCUUUCUUUGGCCGUGGAAUGGCACCUAAUGAUGGAAUGAUGGGCGGAUCUGGAAUGGAUGGACCUCAUGUGGGAAUGUGGACUGACACAAGCAUGGGUGGGUGGGGGGAUGAACAUGGUCACAGGACUAGAGAGUCAAGUUAUGGUGGUGAAGAUGGUGCUUCAGAGUAUGGAUAUGGAGAUGCAAAUCAUGAAAAAGGAAGGUCGAGUGGUGCCUCUCGGGAAAAAGAGCGGGUUUCUGAGCGUGAGUGGUCAGGCAACUCUGAUAGGAGGCAUCGUGAUGAGAAGGAACGGGACUGGGACAGGUCUGAGAGGGAGCAUAGAGAACACCGCUAUAGGGAAGAAAAAGACAGUUACAGAGAGCAUCGGCAUCGAGAACGUGACUUGGAUUAUGAUGAUGACUUGGAUAGGGGACAAUCUUCUUCAAGAUCUCGGAGAAGGUCCCAUGCAAUGCCAGAAGAAGAGCGCAGGUCUCGAUCAAGGGAUGUGGACUAUGGGAAGAGGAGACGCCUGCCAUCAGAAUGACAAAAUAUGCUGUGCAUCCUUCUUUACCGUUUCUUAUGAGACCUUUAAUUAAGAUUUUACUCUCAGUUCUAUAUUCAUUUCAGCAUUCGCUAUGAUGAUCGUUGGUCCUUAUGCAGAGUGUGGCUUCUUAAGGGAAGAAGUAAGUGCUACUUGCUCGCUGGUGGGGAAGAACAGAUUCCCCUUUCUUUUCUUACUGCAUUCUGAAGAACAAAUAUUAGAUGUGACACUUAAUAUUUGUGUGUUGGAAGAGAUAGUAUCAUAUUCAAUGUGGAUACUCAAUGUGGGGUUGGAAUCCUAACAUCCCAGAGCUGACUAUCCACAUUGGGUUUAUAAUUAUCUGCCAAACCCUAUAUUUGAGGCAAUGCUUUCUUGGCUUGUGAUCAUGGUACUUGAGAAAACCUUCUUUGUUUAUAUGAUUGUUGGGAAUUUAUGUGAUAGCAAUCUUGUUGUCAUAUGAUUGUGAUCUUGGUUGAUAAGAAAUCUUUCUAGCAUGUGAUCUUUUUGUUCAUUUCUUUCUGGGGUUUAGAAGUGGGAAGGGUUUAGGGAGUUUGCUUGGCUUAUAGACAUUGCUAGGUGAUGUGUAUGAUAUUGCGAAAAUGAAGUUCAUCUCUUUUCUUUUUUUUUUACUUUUAGCUUGCUGCUUCAGUUUUGUAUCAGGACAUUCUAUGAUUACUUUCUUCCUCACUUGCUUUUUUACAUAUUCUUUUUCUAUAUGCAUACCACUUGCUUUUCAACUGAGGAUCAUUUUUUUAUUUUUGAAUAAUGUGUGUAGCUGAAUAUCUUGUGAUACGCAUUAUGCAGUAUCGAAAUCAUUAUUUGGUUUUCCUUUACCUCUGUCAAAUAUUUGAAACUUGACUUUUGGUUCGUUGUUCUAUACGCCCUAUACUAGUAUGUAAUUCUUGUUUCCCAUGACGAGUCAUUCAGUUGACCUUUCCCUCAUAAAGUAUUUUUGGUUUUGUUAGAGUUUUGGAACUUCAUGUACACUUGUAUGCCAUUCUAGAGCCAAAUAAUUUUCAUCCUACGAUUUAAAUGUGCAUUUUGUUUUAUAUAUAGUAAUAUUGUGCCAGUAAAGAGGAGCGGGAUUAUUAUCCAUUCUCUAAGGCUUGGCUUCCAUGCUUCUAGGUUGUCCUUCUUAGACUAAUGGAGAGUUCGAUUUUCUUUAAUAAAGGUUGCAAUCCAGUCUCAUGGAUAUUUGUGACUGUUCAGCUGAAAAGGCAUAGUGUUAAAAGUACUAAAACAACGCAGG